ACCCCUCCCCCCAAAAAUCCUCAGCUGAUUAGCGCUCCGAUACACCUGACCACAAUUGAGACAUGGUGUUGCGAAAAGAAGUCGUAAAUACCCUGUGUUAACCUCGACAUGCAGCAACAAAUGAAACGGAAAUAAUUUAUAGAUGUUCAUAACUGUUGAAAUUGGGGUUCCCUGAGGAUAUGAAGGAGAUAGUCGACAGGCACAACAGAAGGGCUCCUGACUCGGAGCAAAUGCGCAUGGCAACCAUUUCCUCCUGCAGUGACUGUCAGACGCCAGUAAGUGGUGGCGAGUUGGGCCAUCACGUUGGUGUGAAGGUGACUCCUUUUGACUCGUAUGAAGAAUUCUUCUGCAGCAGCCAGACUUCCGUGCAUCUGGUCAGUGCCCUCGUCACUUACUCAGGGCAGCGCAUUGAUGUAGUCAAACAAGGUUACCUGGGCAAGCUCGAGCGGAGCCACAGAAGAUAUUUUGUCCUCAGAGCAGGAAGUCACACCGGACCGAGUCGACUUGAGUGGUACAAGUCCCAAGAGAAGUUUGCAGCAAUGGAGAAGUCGUCUGGAAAAGCAACGUUGUUUGGGCUGAGCAAGCAAGGGGUAAUUUACUUGAGGUGCUGCAUUAGUGUGGGCCGCCUGAGUACUUUCAGGAAAGGCCUCACGGUGGCACUGUAUGCUCAGGACCAGACGAUGGUGCUGGUGGCCGACAACCAGCAAGAUCAGGAAGCGUGGUACUUGUCCAUCAAGAAAAUGAUGGAGGAGUGUCGAGAUGAAGAUCAGGCAUGUGAUGAUGACGAUGGUUAUUGCACUCUACCACCUGCGGCCUUCUUUAAAGAGGUUUGGCCUGUCUUGGUGAAUCCACGAGGUCUGGGUCGCUCCAAGUCUCUGGCAGGUGAGCUUCACCUUUGCCUCACCGCGACCUCUCUCAUCCUGUUCCGAGUGGGCGCAUUCACUGACUUCCCCUCGGUAACGAUACCUUUACUUGCCGUCCGUCGCUUCGGCCAUUUGGAGGGCUCCUUUUUCCUGGAGGUUGGCCGAUCAGCACCGGUCGGUCCCGGAGAACUUUGGUUUGAAGCGAGAGACCAAGCACAGCACAUUCACGAAGUGGUUCGGGACACUGUCAGAGCGCUGCGGGCGCUUCCGGAUUUCAACCGGUCCCCAACCUCCAACCACAAUCCGCUCCUGGUCCCCAAACGCUGCAGACCCAAAUACAGAGAGAAAAAAAAGCCCAACGUCCAGAUGGGCCCAACGCAGUUCCAAGAGCCCAACACAACAGAACCUCAAUAUCCUAUCAGCUUACAUAGCACUGAAUUGCCUGAGCCUGACCGCUACAUGGACAUGAGGAAGCAGCCCUGUGCUGGUGAAUGCUGUGAGGGGGAGGGCGUCGGUUACAUGAUGAUGAUGUCACCGCAGGUCAGCCGCACUUCUUGCGUGUUGCCUCUGGAUGCUUAUGUUACUAUGUCGAGCCCUCCAAAAGACUUGUCAGCCUCCAUUUCACCUCAGGGUGGAGUUAACAGAUGUUCUCCUCUGUACCCGUCACAUCGCCAAACCAAAAAGGGACAGCUGCCACUGCAGUUUGGAUCCAUUCACUCAACCAAAGGGUGCGCCGAUACCUCUGGACCGAUGAUGCCAUUUGCCCAAACUGCACCGCUCCAAUCUAGUCCCCACUCGAGCCACUUGCAAGCAGAACGGUUCGCCAUUAGAUCUCGACUCGCAUCGUGUCUCCCAUCGUGUCUGAUAGCCGACGACUGAUCCGGAGCACGAGUUUUUGUGUUCUCAAUGUGACGCCUCCCGUCGUUUUUUCAUGCUGGUGCACCAUGCGACGUGUCUUUCCCUAAACAUGAAUGCAGUCACAUUUAGCAUUUGGGUGCAGAGCAUUGCAAAGUAGUUGAUCACCAUCAGGGUGUGGCUUUCACUGAAAGAUAUUUCACGGUUGUCCAAUCUGUAUCAAUUAAAGUCACUUGAA